AUGGCGGCCGCGCCCGGUGACAUUCUGCCGCCAUUGGGCAACCCUGCUCUUCUUCCGCCGGCCAAAAAGGUGAAUGAAGACCCGAGUUUCCCCCAAGCCACGCCGGUGGUUCCGUCCAUGAUAGCGGAAGACUGGUCCAAAUGGUCCACGCUUCCGCCUGACCUUGUUCGCCGCGUCGCCGACUCCCUACUGUCCACCAAUGACCUCGACUGCUAUAUUCACUUCCGUGCCGUGAGCCCCAGCUGGCGCGCCGCCACCGAUGACCCCAUGAGCAACACCUCCGACCCUCGCUUCCGCCCGCGCCGGUGGAUCAUCCUCGACGAGCACUUCCAGAGCGAAGGGAAGUUUCUCCUUCUGAACACUCACAGCGGACGCUUCCUCCAUAGGAAUAUCCCGCUGCUUAGCGACCACUAUGUCGUAGCUACCACUCGCAAUGGCUACUUGGUUCUGGCGGACAAAAGCCCUCCUCACGCGGCCAGCAUCCUCAACCCUCUCACGGGUGUCGUCAUCCGUUUCGUGGCGCCUGUGCCCCCCGAGGUGGGAUCCGCUGCUGUCGUCGCCCUUGCCUGCUCUGCGCUGGGGCUCACCUUUUUCAGUGACUCAUCUCACAAGACGUACACUGCUUACCCCGACAGUGAGAGUUUCGUAGUCCACGAGGUUCCGCAAGUAGCUUAUGGCAGCCUCCGUAAGGCGGUCGUAGGCGGUGUCUACUCAGACACUAUAGGUCACGCCAUGAUUGCUCGGUUAUGCUGUUCGCUCAUGUCUCCACAUCCAAACGAUCUUUGUUUUCCAGUGGGUUUGGCUACCGAAACGCUGCUCGUCGGGAGUGUAGAGGGAUUUAUCUUGGUUUUUAAAACAGACAUCGAGUUAGGUAAGCUUGUGGCUUUGGACAACAUCAACAACUAUGCCAUCUUCAUGGGUCAUCAGAGGUGCCUGGCUGUCGAUGCUGAUAAGUUCCCAGGCAUUGAGGCAAACUGCAUCUACUUCACUGAACAAUUGGGUUCGUCCGCUCAUAUCUUCAAGUGCAACAACAAGGACAGGAAAGUAGAGAGGAUCUCUGAAGCUGCCGAUUUCGUGAAGCAGGACAAGAAAUUUGUCCUCGUUGCUGACCGUCCUUUGACGAUCAUCCACCUACUCUCCAGCUACACCAUCAACAUCCCGGACUCUCAGCUGGCCUUGCAACAGAUCCCAUAA